AUGCCGAUGCCAUUAGGAAAAAUUCAAGCAGUUCAAGAUGAAAUUGAAAGAUUUCAUGAUGAUGAAGAUAAUGAUUAUCGAAAUAUUCGUUUAAAAAUUACAACUGAUGAACAAGAUUUUUCUUUUCUUAACAAACCAACACAUACCAAACGUUCGGUUCAUUAUGAUAUUGCACCCAUAUUUGAUCAUGAAUAUCAGCCAUUAAGAUCUACUUAUGAAAUCGAACAAGCUUCAAUCGAUAAUGUUCUUCGUCGACGAUAUAUUGCACAUUGGGGCUUGCCAGAGUGGCUUGGUGAUAAUCAGUUUUUACUACAAAAACAUCGACCACCCGCUAAUUCUGUAAGCGAAUGUCUGAUAUCAAUCGCAUCAAUACAUAGUGAAACAGUUAAUAUUUGGACACAUUUAAUUGGUGCACUCUGUGUUUGUGUAACAUAUAUACUUUUUCUUAUUGAUAACUAUCAUCAAAUGGAUUUAAGUGAUUUGAUAUCAUUUAGUUUUUUCUUUAUAUCAGCUAUAUUAUGUUUAACAUUUUCAACUUUACUACACAUAUUUAUUAAUUAUUCACCAAGUGUUUUAGUUAUCGCUUCGAAACUUGAUUAUCUAGGAAUAAAUAUUUUAAUAUUUGGUUCAAUGGUUCCUGUUAUUCAUUACUUGUUUUAUUGUUCUUUUCAAUUAAAAGCUAUCUACAUUAGUGUACUAUUCGUGCUUUCAAUUGUAUCAAUGAUUGGUACAAGCAGUGCUGCAUGUUCAAAGCCACGUUAUCGUCCAUUUAAAGCUAUUUUAUUUAUUGGUCUUGGUCUUUAUGGUGUAGCUCCAGCAACUCAUGCUUGCAUUCUUCAUGGUUUAUCGCGCAUGUUUGAAAUGGGUUUCUUAUAUUUAUGCAUUAUGGCUGUGAUAUAUAUUGCCGGUGGUGUUGUUUAUGCAAUUCGAAUACCGGAACGAUGUUUUCCUGGUCGCUUUGAUAUAGUUGGCCAUAGCCAUCAAAUUUUGCAUAUUGCUGUUAUUGCUGCUGUUUAUUUACAUUUUUAUGGUAUCUGUUGUUUAUUUCAUAAUGUAAUUCAGACAGAACAAUGUAUUAUACCAACCGUAUUAAAACUUGGUAUCACUGAUUUGUCCGUUUCUUCUUGA